AUGACUGUUACAUGUGAGCCUAUAUUCAAUUUGCUCCGAAAGGAUCAAGCAAUUGAAUGGAAUUCUGAUUGUCAGCAAGCUUUUGAGAAGAUUAAAGGUUAUCUCCAAGAACCUCCUAUUUUGAUUCCACCCAUUCCAGGGAAGCCUCUCUUCAUGUAUUUGACUGUGCUCGAAGGAUCCAUGGGUUGCGUACUAGGUCAACAUGAUGAAACUGGAAAGAAGGAGCAUGCCAUUUACUACUUGAGCAAGAAGUUUACUGAUUGUGAAAGCAGAUAUUCACUUUUAGAGAAAACUUGUUGUGCUUUAGCAUGGGCUGCCAUACAUCUUAGACUUUCCCGUUGGCACAUGUUGUUAUCUGAAUACGACAUCCAGUACAUAACCCAUAAAUCCAUCAAAGGAAUUGUUUUGUCUGACUACCUCGCUAAUCAUCCUGUCGAAGACUGUGAGCCAUUGAAGUUUGAUUUCCCAGAUGAAGACAUUAUGUUGGUGAAAGAUUGUGAAACUCCAAGCCCAGAUGAAGGUCCCGAGCCAGGUUCCUGUUGGAAGAUAAUGUUUGAUGGUUCCUUCAAUUGCAUGGGGCAUGGUGUGGGAGCUAUGUUGAUGAAUCCCAAUGGUGGGUAUACUCCUUUCACAGCAAGAUUGUGUUUUGAAUGUACCAAAAACAUUGUAGAGUAUGAAGCAUGUAUCUUGGGUAUCAAGAUCCUUGAAGUAUAUAGAGAGUCAUCCUUGGUGAUCUACCAAGUCAAAGGCGAAUGGGAAACUCGUGAUGAGAAGUUAAUCCCAUAUCAUGCCCACAUUAUGGAAUUGAUAAAGUACUUUGAUGAAAUCACCUUCCAUCAUGUUCCGAGAGAAGAAAGUCAGAUAGCAAAUGCUUUGGAUAUGUUAGCCUCUAUGUUCCAAGUUAGAUUUCUCAAUGAGGCACCACUCAUCAUAAUUGAGAGGAAAAUUGCGCCAGCCUAUUGUAUAUUGGUUGAAGAAGAAAUUGACGAGAAACCGCGGUUCUAUGAUAUCAAGAACUACUUACAAAAUCAAGAAUACCCAGUGAAUGAAACAACCCUAAAUAAGAAGACUCUAAGGAGGUUGGCAUCCAAAUUCUUCCUUAGCAACGAGAAAGAGUUUCACGUGUCUGAUACUCCUAGUGUUGGUGAUGAUAAUCCUGAAGCUUGGCAUACUCAGAUAUUUCGUUCCAUUGAUUCAACCUCUGUCGAAGGAUUUCCAAAGGAGCCAAAAGAUGCAUUGGAAAAGAAUCUAAUAUGUGGGAAGAAUGUGUUGAUUGGCAUGAGCAUACAUACAGCAUAUGUAAAGGUCAUUCGUGCCGCGCAGCAUUACAUUUAUAUAGAGAAUUAA